AGUUGAACCCAGAUGGAGAGGGUGGACACUGGGGGGGGUUUGUCCUGUAGUUGAACCCAGAUGGAGAGGGUGGACACUGGGGGGAUUUGUCCUAUAGUUGAACCCAGAUGGAGAGGGUGGACACUUGGGGGGAUUUGUCCUGUAGUUGAACCCAGAUGGAGAGGGUGGACACUGAGGGGGAUUUGUCCUGUAGUUGAACCCAGAUGGAGAGGGUGGACACUGAGGGGGGAUUUGUCCUGUAGUUGAACCCAGAUGGAGAGGGUGGACACUGGGGGGGAUUUGUCCUGUAGUUGAACCCAGAUGGAGAGGGUGGACACUGAGGGGGAUUUGUCCUGUAGUUGAACCCAGAUGGAGAGGGUGGACACUGAGGGGGGAUUUGUCCUGUAGUUGAACCCAGAUGGAGAGGGUGGACACUGGGGGGGAUUUGUCCUGUAGUUGAACCCAGAUGGAGAGGGUGGACACUGAGGGGGAUUUGUCCUGUAGUUGAACCCAGAUGGAGAGGGUGGACACUGAGGGGGAUUUGUCCUGUAGUUGAACCCAGAUGGAGAGGGUGGACACUGAGGGGGAUUUGUCCUGUAGUUGAACCCAGAUGGAGAGGGUGGACACUGGGGGGGAUUUGUCCUGUAGUUGAACCCAGAUGGAGAGGGUGGACACUGGGGGGGAUUUGUCCUGUAGUUGAACCCAGAUGGAGAGGGUGGACACCGGGGGGGAUUAAAAUAAAAUGCGCCGAAUACAACAGGUGUUGACCUUUAGAGUGAAAUGCUUACUUACUUGAGCCCCUAACCAACAAUGCAGUUAAAAUAAAUAUGGAUAAGAAAUAAAGUAACAAGUAAUUAAAGGGAAGCAGUAAAAUAACACUAGUGAGACUAUAUACAGGGGGAGUACCGGUUAGUUGAGGUAAUAUCUACAUUUAGGUAGAGUUAUUAAAGUGACUAUGCAUAGAUGAUAACAACAGAGAGUAGCAGCAAUGUAAAAGGGGGGUGGUGAUGCAAAUAGUCUGGGUAGCCAUUUGACUAGAUGUUCAGGAGUCUUAUGGCUUGGGGGUAGAAGCUGUUCAGAAGCCUCUUGGACCUAAACGUGGCACCCAGGUACCGCUUACCGUGCGGUAGCAGAGAGAACAGUCUAUGACUAGGGUGCCUUGGAGUCUUUGACAAUUUUUAGGGCCUUCCUCUGACACCGCCUGGUAUAGAGGUCCUGGAUGGCAGGAAGCUUGGCCUGAGUGAUGUACCCUCUGUAGUGCCUUGCGGUCGGAAGCCGAGCAGUUGCCAUACCAGGCUGUGAUGCAACCAGUCAGGAUGCUCUCGAUGGUGCAGCUGUAAAAUCUUUUGGACCCAUGCCAAAUCUUUUCAGUCUCCUAAGGGGGAAUAGGUUUUGUGACUUUUUCAUGACUGUCUUGGUGUGCUUGGACCAUGUUAGUUUGUUGGUGAUGUGGACGCCAAGGAACUUGAAGCUCUCAACCUGCUCCACUGCAGCCCCAUCGAUGAGAAUACGGGCAUGCUCGGUCCUCUUUUUCUCCUUUGUCUUGAUUACGUUGAGGGUGAGGUUGUUGUCCUGGCACCACACGGCCAGGUCUCUGACCUCCCUAUAGGCUCUCGUUGUUGUCGGUGAUCAGGCCAACCACUGUUGUGUCGUCGGCAAACUUAAUAAUGGUGUUGGAGUCGUGCCUGGCCCUGCAGUCAUGAGUGAACAGGGAGUACAGGAGGGGACUGAGCACCCAUCCCUGACGGGCCCCUGUGUUAAGGAUCAGCGUGGCGGAUGUGUUGUUACCUAUCCUUACCACCUGGGGGCGGCCCGUCAGGAAGUCCAGGAUCCAGUUGCAGAGGGAGGUGUUUAGUCCCAGGGUCCUUAGCUUAUUGAUGAGCUUUGAGGGAAUUAUGGUGUUGAACACUGAGCUGUAGUCAAUGAAUAGCAUUCUCACAUAGGUGUUCCUUUUGUCCAGGUGGGGAAAGGCAGUGUGGAGUGCAAUGAAACGUUGAUUAAUGUGCACUGUCCCUGUCAAAAUAAACUCAAACUCAAUAGAGAUUCCAUAAUCUGUGGAUCUGUUGGGGCGGUAAGCAAAUUGGAGUGGGUCUAGUGUUGUGUGUGUGUGUGUGUGUGUGUGUGUGUGUGUGUGUGUGUGUGUGUGUGUGUGUGUGUGUGUGUGUGCGUGCGUGCGUGCGUGUGCAUGCGAGAGCGCGAGAGAGAGGAUUCAACUGUCCACUUCCACUACCCUCCUGACACAUUUUCUCCCCCCUGGAACACUGGUGUGUCAGGAGGGACUCUUGUAGGAGCUGGAACACUGGUGUGUCAGGAGGGACCCCUGUAGGAGCUGGAACACUGGUGUGUCAGGAGGGACUCCUGUAGGAGCUGGAACACUGGUGUGUCAGGAGGGACUCCUGUAGGAGCUGGAACACUGGUGUGUCAGGAGGGACUCCUGUAGGAGCUGGAACACUGGAGUGUCAGGAGGGACUCCUGUAGGAGCUGGAACACUGGUGUGUCAGGAGGGACUCCUGUAGGAGCUGGAACACUGGUGUGUCAGGAGGACUCCUGUAGGAGCUGGAACACUGGUGUGUCAGGGGGGACUCCUGUAGGAGCUGGAACACUGGUGUGUCAGGAGGGACUCCUGUAGGAGCUGGAACACUGGUGUGUCAGGAGGGACUCCUGUAGGAGCUGGAACACUGGUGUGUCAGGAGGACUCCUGUAGGAGCUGGAACACUGGUGUGUCAGGAGGGACUCCUGUAGGAGCUGGAACACUGGUGUGUCAGGAGGGACUCCUGUAGGAGCUGGAACACUGGAGUGUCAGGAGGGACUCCUGUAGGAGCUGGAACACUGGUGUGUCAGGAGGGACUCCUGUAGGAGCUGGAACACUGGUGUGUCAGGAGGGACUCCUGUAGGAGCUGGAACACUGGUGUGUCAGGAGGACUCCUGUAGGAGCUGGAACACUGGUGUGUCAGGAGGGACUCCUGUAGGAGCUGGAACACUGGUGUGUCAGGAGGGACUCCUGUAGGAGCUGGAACACUGGAGUGUCAGGAGGGACUCCUGUAGGAGCUGGAACACUGGUGUGUCAGGAGGACUCCUGUAGGAGCUGGAACACUGGUGUGUCAGGAGGGACUCCUGUAGGAGCUGGAACACUGGUGUGUCAGGAGGGACUCCUGUAGGAGCUGGAACACUGGUUUGUCAGGAGGGACUCCUGUAGGAGCUGGAACACUGGAGUGUCAGGAGGGACUCCUGUAGGAGCUGGAACACUGGUGUGUCAGGAGGGACUCCUGUAGGAGCUGGAACACUGGUUUGUCAGGAGUACUCCUGUAGAAGUGAUUGGAAUACUCUCUGUUCUAAUAGGGUGCCAUAAUCAUCAACCAGACCACAUCUUAUUGAACAGCAGUUUAUUCUAAAGUGCAAUUGCAAAUCAAAUAUCUUAUAAACAAGGCACGUGGAUGUGGCUCAAAUCUUGUGUUGUUCUAACCGCUAGGCUAGCUGCCAGGUAGGCAGGUAACCGAGUGGUUGGAGAGGCGAGCGCAUGUAGCCUAGUGGUGAGAGAGGCGAGCCACCAGCAGGAGGGUUACCUGUUCUAGUCCCGGGUCAGACAGGAAAAUACUGUUGGGAAAUGAGCAGGCUACCAAAGGGUUGCUGGUAUCAUAUCAUAGAUACCAUUGCUUGUUUUUUUGCCCUUGAACAAGGUACUUAACCCCCCACUACAACAGCUCCCUGGGCACCCAGUCUGGCAGCACCCGCACCUCUCCUCCAAAUAACGGUAUAUGUGUGUGUCUUUCAGAGGGGUUGGGUUAAUAGCGGAAGUAACAUUUUGGUUGGACCUUGUGUGCAAUCGACCAAUAAAGUGAUCUUAAUUACAAUGCAAUUUAUAUUUUUUCUUUAUUUAUUUGGAAUUCAAAUUAUAUCUAACGUUUUUACGGAGUGCUAAAUGUUUUGUAUUUAGUCUUGGGUAUUUGCCAUUGUUGUAGUUGUCGUUAUAUCCAAUAGGUGUCGCUGCUGUUCUGUUAUAUUAUAGGGAUCUGAGUUUUAUUAUAAGGACCGUUAAUGCCAAUUCUAAGGACCCCUAGUUGGUCAUUUACACCCCUGUUUACUAUACUAUUCACCGUUGAUGUUCAAAAACGGACAAAUUAAUUGAAAUUGACACUGCAAAUCAAAUUGACAUCUCAAUUGCUUUGCUAUAUGGCUCAUGACAGCAAUGACAUGACACCAAAUGAUGAAUCAUCUCCAUAAUUCCAUUUGAUGAAUCAUCUAAACAAUCAAAGAUCUGCCUUUGUGUUUAUAGGUGUAAGUGAAACUGUUAGUUUAGCAUAAUAUAAACACUGACCCGGGCCGGGGCAAAGCUAGAGCGCGUCACCGGCAGGUAGGUGGGGUUUAACAGGGCUGAUUAUUUACGGUUUUUUGCAGCAGCAGAGCUCUCCGGGAUGGCAUAAGAGAGUGGCUAUUACUACGGGAGGAGAAAACCUACCGAACGAAAGACAGAUAGCGUCGUCCCCUCGGCGAUGGCACGACUAGAGGUGUUUUUGUUCACGGCUCUAGCUCGUAUUUCGUCUGGGAAUUCUGCUUCCUUUAUUGGCUAUUCCUGAUCCGUACUCCAACCGACACCUCCAAUUAUGGAUUGUACUGAAGUUCCACCUAUCGGUUUUUUGCGUCAAGACAAUCGAGCGAAAUAAGAGGAAACGAUCAAGGACUGCUGUGGGCUAUUAUCCAUUCCGGACUGUUCUCCAUAUAUAGACAAGAGUCGUUGAGAAAUGCAUGCGUGUUUAGGAUUUUGGUAGGCUAUUUUGUUUCAAUCCUCCGGUGCAAUAUUCAGGAUAUUCCAUUGGUUUACGCGUAAAGGACAUGGGCACAAGGUGUUUUAGCUACCAGAAACUAUCCCUGUAGUUAGAAUAGAUGCCUUCGUGUUGGCACGUUUUGCUAUUAACGGCCUGAGAUGAUAUAACUGCAGUUUAGAUGAUUGCUUUGCUCUGUUAGAAAUAGUGCGCUGCUGUAGUUAAGCCUUUUUUUUAACAGCUGAUCACCUUUAGGGUUUCAGAAAUACCCUUUUAUUAAUUUUGACAACAGAACUAUUUUUUUAUUUUUUAUUUUAUUCAUAUCUAUUUCAUAUGAACGCAAGUAACCUAUUCUGAGCUGCUGUGUACAGUUGUAGGCUAUAACUUGGAAACAAAUCUCCCCACCUCACUAGCAAGGUGACAGUAGGAGUAGGGUUGCAGAGUUCUCUGUAACAGAAGGACAAUAGCCAUGGCUCUCCCCGAUAACACCCCCAGCAUUCCUUUAGGGGAAGAAGUCAUCUUCCCUGAGAUAGUAGAGCUGAACGUGGGCGGUCAGGUGUACAUCACUCGCUACUCAACCCUCAUCAGCGUACCAGACUCUCUCCUGUGGGAGAUGUUUAGCAGGAAAUCCACCAAAGGUCUGGCGAGGGACACCAAGGGCCGUUUCUUCGUGGACCGUGAUGGUUUCCUGUUCCGGUAUAUUCUGGACUACAUGAGAGAUCAGCAGCUGGUGCUCCCAGACCACUUCCCAGAACGGGGUCGCCUGCAGCGGGAGGCUGAGUUCUUCAACCUACCUGAGCUCAUAAAGAUUCUGGCGCCCAAAUUCAGCAAGCAGAACUCGCUAGGCGACGAGGGGUGUCAGAGCGACCCGGAGGACUCCUCGCCGGGCAUCGACACUGGGCGCAACCUGGCCUCGCUGGGCACUGCCGCCUGCGCCAGUCUGGUCCCCAGUGGAGACGGUAAACGCUCUGGAUUCAUCACCAUCGGUUAUCGCGGCUCCUAUACAUUGGGGCGUGACAGCCAGACCGACGCCAAGUUCAGACGAGUUGCUCGCAUUAUGGUCUGUGGCAAGACGUUGCUGGCUAAAGAGGUGUUUGGGGAGACGCUGAACGAGAGCCGGGACCCGGACCGACCUCCAGAGCGCUACACGUCACGAUACUACCUCAAAUUCACCUUCCUGGAGCAGGCCUUUGACAGGCUGGCAGACGCCGGGUUUCACAUGGUGGCCUGUAACUCCACGGGGACCUGCGCCUUCGCUCACGAGCAGACGGACGACAAGAUCUGGACCAGCUACACUGAAUACGUGUUCUACCGUGAGUGAGACCAUCAUCAUCAUCCCUGGUCCCCGGUCCCCCUAGUGGUCCCCAGCAUCCAGCCUCCUCUACUCUUGCCUCCCUGGAUCCACCCCUGGGUCCCCUUGCCUCCCUGGAUCCAUCCCUGGGUCCCCUUGCCUCCCUGGAUCCCCUUGUCUCCCUGUAUCCAGUCCUAGGCCCCCUUGCCUCCCUGGAUCCCCUUGCCUCCCUGGAUCCCCUUGCUUCCCUGGAUCCCCUUGCCUCCCUGGGUCCCCUUGCCUCCCUGGAUCCAUUCCUGGGCCCCCUUGCCUCCCUGGAUCCCCUUGUCUCCCUGUAUCCAGUCCUGGGCCCCCUUGCAUCCCUGGAUCCAUCAAUUUUUCCCUUGCCUCCUGGACCCCAGCCUCCAGCCCCUGCCCCUUGGCUCCAGCCCCUGCCCCUUGGCUCUUAGUGUUCCCUAGCCUCCAGCCCUUGCCCCCCCCCGCCACUAGCCUUGAAUUCCUGCUUCAAGCACCCCUGGCCCCAAUCUCCAUGGGCCCUGGCCCCCUGCGUCAAGCCCACCUGCCUCAAACCAGCCGUCCCCUCUCUCCAUAUUUCUCUCUCACCCAUCAGCUGUAAUCCUUACCACCUCUGCGGUCCCUUCUCCUGAUCCAGCUAUAACCCAACCAUCGCCCCCGCACCAAGCCUCAGAGACCCGACCACAGCCCCCCUAACCAUCCUACAGAGACUGCCCCCCCCCCCACCCUCCAUGUACUGUCCUUCCUCCUGUAUAUAGUAUCUGCCUUGGUGAAGCACAAUGCUGUGUGUAAAAUAGCUUGUUUAGUCCAGUUCAGGUCCUGCCUGGUCUGUGUAUAACUAACUUUAGCGGGCUGGAAGGGGCCAAUCGGAGAAGGGCCUAGAUUGAAGUACUACUUUGUUCUGAACCUCUGCUGCUGCUUACUCCAACAGACCCUCCUGCUCCUCUGAACUAAAAUGGCCAAAUAAUGUGACAAAUAAUCUAAGCAGCCUAGAGGAAUGAGCGAGAGAGAGUGGCCAGCCCGGCACAAACAAGAACAAAGUGUCACACACAACGAAAGUCUUUUAUUUCCUCCUUCCCCUCUUCUUAUUUUCCUUAUAUGUCUGAGACCAAACUGUUGGGAAAGGCGCCGUUCACUUUUACUAUUCAAAUGUGGUGGCAGGUACCCUAGUGGUUAGAGCGUUGGACUAGUAACCGAAAGGUUGCAAGAUCGAAUCCCCGAGAUUGAAUCCCCGAGCUGACAAGGUAAAUAUCUGUCGUUCUGCCCCUGAACAAGGCAGCCACUGAACAAGGCAACCACUGUUCCUAGGCCGUCAUUGAAAAUAAGAACUUGUUCUUAACUGACUUGCCUAGUUAAAUAAAGGUCAAAUAAAAAAAUUCUCAUAUUUUUCUUGUAAAGAUAACGCCUCACCUUUUAAGUCUCUGCUUGUGAAGACAACCAGCUUAAAUGAUGCCAUCUUGUCUCACAAAAAAGCACAGUGAACUCCUUAUAAGGUAAAAGAGGACCUAUAUGGACCAUCAAUAUCCUCUCGAGCUGUUCAUGUAUAUAUUCUUUAGGACAACCCAGGUAUUUGCAUUCUAGAGGGGAUUCUUAAUGCUAGAAAAACAACGGUGCGUCUUGUCAGAGAGUCAAAGCUAACAAACAAGGGGGGAAAAUGUGAGAAUAGAUCAAGUUGUGUAUUUGACUGCAAGAAAGAGAAAUAACUGGUUUUAGUACAGAGUGAGGGUUUGUCGGAAAUGGCACCCUAUCCUCUAUGUAGUGCACUACUUUUGACCAAAGCCCUAUGCAGGCCCUGGUCAAAAGUAGUGCACUACAUGGGGAAUAGGGUGCUUGAAGUGUGUUAUUUGAUUGUUCGAAGGAUUGUUGAGAAUUCUAAUCGCCCAUGCCUGGUAGACCAGAGGAGAUGUGAAGUGUUACAUCACAAUGUUCACAAAACCUCUCCUUCUACUCAUCCUCGUACUCUUCCUCCUCCUCUCAUCUUGGUUUUUAUACCACCUCUCAGUUUUUUACUUUCUUCAAACAGUAUCAUUUUUACAGGGAUGCGAUUGUUUUUGAAUGCCCACAGCGUUUUGGCUCUUAGCCCUCUUCUGAAACUGUGGUUUACAUUUAUGAAGGACAAUCCUUUUUCUCAUUGGAGUGUGUUUUUAACUAUCUAUCCCAGGCUCUUCUAUUCAGUUCAGUAUUCCACUUUUAAGCUCUUUGGUAUGUGGUAGCUUUCAUUGACUGUAAUGUGUACACCCAUGAGAAGAAGAUAGGUUUACACCAUUACCGGCCAAAGAACGACAUUCUCUCAAAACUCUAGCAGCUAAACAACAGUACAGGACUGGACUUUGUAUAGGACAUGGAUAUUGUGCAUAUUGUUGAGGGAAUGUUGUAGUACAGUUGAUUCCUGAUAAGUACACCUCUUACAAGUGCAAAGUCACUGGUUAGUGCACGUCGUCAGUACAGUCACACCAGUUGUAUUUUAGGAAUUGACUGUAGUUGGACUGAACAGUAAUUGUACCCACAGCAACUAUAACCACAGUAACAGGAGAAAGUGUGUGAAUGGUUAAAGGUUAAGAGGGGUUAAGACAGGGUGAAAGGAUACGAGGGGUUAAGUGGUAGGGGUCAUGUUCAGGUAUACCCUCAGGGCAAGUCUGCAUAUCAACAACAACCUCACAACUCGAACCUACAGUACCUCAGUGAGUAAAAUAAAGAAUCAUCUCCAAAUACCAAGGAACACUAAUUAUCUGAAAAGGCUCAACUUGUAUCAGUAAUAAUCAAUGGAUCAACUAGUAAUAUGACUUGUAAAGUACAGAAUAUUCACCCUGAUAAAGAGAAACUCUUCUUCAAGAAACUGCCUUGACGGUUCGGUAGACAUAGUGAUUUUAAUUUGAGUGAAGGUGUGAAGAAGACAUUCUGAAUGCCUGACGGAUGAUACAUGUUUUAUUGGAUAUCGCUAGAGUAUGAUGGCACAUUCUUAGAGUAUGACGGCACAUUCUUAGAGUAUGACGGCACAUUCUUAGAGUAUGAUGGCACAUUCUUAGAGUAUGAUGGCACAUUCUUAGAGUAUGAUGGCACAUUCUUAGAGUAUGAUGGCACAUUCUUAGAGUAUGAUGGCACAUUCUUGGAGUAUGAUGGCACAUUCUUGGAGUAUGAUGGCACAUUCUUAGAGUAUGAUGGCACAUUCUUAGAGUAUGAUGGCACAUUCUUAGAGUAUGAUGGCACAUUCUUAGAGUAUGAUGGCACAUUCUUAGAGUAUGAUGGCACAUUCUUAGAGUAUGAUGGCACAUUCUUAGAGUAUGACGGCACAUUCUUAGAGUAUGACGGCACAUUCUUAGAGUAUGACGGCACAUUCUUGGAGUAUGACGGCACAUUCUUGGAGUAUGACGGCACAUUCUUGGAGUAUGACGGCACAUUCUUGGAGUAUGACGUCACAUUCUUGGAGUAUGACGGCACAUACUUGGAGUAUGACGGCACAUUCUUGGAGUAUGACGUCACAUACUUGGAGUAUGACGGCACAUACUUGGAGUAUGACGGCACAUUCUUGGAGUAUGAUGGACCAGUGUUGACAGGAGCAUUGAGUCGUCAAUGUCAGCUUCAGUGUCGAUGUCACAAGGCAAACGUAGACCAAACAGCAAUGGGGGGAAAAAACAUGUUUGUCAUACAGUAGGUUUACAGUACACCCUGUAAAACAUGUUUGUCAUACAGUAGGUUUACAGUACACCCUGUAAAACAUGUUUGUCAUACAGUAGGUUUACAGUACACCCUGUAAAACAUGUUUGUCAUACAGUAGGUUUACAGUACACCCUGUAAAACAUGUUUGUCAUACAGUAGGUUUACAGUACACCCUGUAAAACAUGUUUGUCAUACAGUAGGUUUACAGUACACCCUGUAAAACAUGUUUGUCAUACAGUAGGUUUACAGUACACCCUGUAAAACAUGUUUGUCAUACAGUAGGUUUACAGUACACCCUGUAAAACAUGUUUGUCAUACAGUAGGUUUACAGUACACCCUGUAAAACAUGUUUGUCAUACAGUAGGUUUACAGUACACCCUGUAAAACAUGUUUGUCAUACAGUAGGUUGCAAUACCUUCUAAAUGUUUGGGAACAUAAUUAGUUUCUUUUCAUAGCUUACUCUCCGUUAAUCAGAACCUCUACAAAACAGUUGUUGGGUGUGCGUCAGCUUAUUCCUUUUCUUAUACAGCAGGCAAAAGGAAAAUGUAGUCUGUCAAUUCAAAUGUGUUAUUUAUCUUCUAUUACACUUGCAUUGUACAUUGUUUUAUGAAUUGUUUAGUAACUAAGCUGGUAAAGUAGGGUGACAUACUUCAGUAGAGUUGUGUAUGCUCUCAUUGAUAUUAUUAUUAUUGUUGUAACUGAAAAGUGUUAAAAGAAUAUAAAAUAUUUCACAAGUAAA